GAUCUUUGUCAGACAUUCGAACAAAUUGUGGAACAAGAACGUAAUCAACGGGAGCAACUGAAUUUGAAGGGCACACUUCGUGGCGCUCAGCGUUCGGCCACUCUGUUACGCGCAGAACAAAAGCGACGUGAUCUACUGGCCAGACGUUUGCUCACUACCGGGGCUCGUCUCGGCUGUCCGCCUCUCAUGCUUGUGGGUCUGGCCGGUGGUGCCCAUCCAGAUGGAGAUUUCGCUUCUUCAUCCCGACUCGACUCAGUCAAUCAUGCAAGCACCAUGAGUGGUGCUCAUGACACCAGUGGCAAUGAUGGUUCGUCUGCGCAGCCACCUUUAAUUCUCACCGUGCGCAGUGGGUCACUGGCGGCCUGUGAAUUCCUCCUACUAAACGGGGCUGAUGUCCGUCAAAAUGGACAACCACUCAUCAAGCAUUCUGGUGGCUGCUGUCUUGUGAUCUGA